GAAUAAAAGGUCAGUCAUCAUCAUAAACUCUUUCCAAAACAGGUUGAGAAAUUUGUAUGCAAAGGGUGGGAGAAGUUUAUCUAAAUGGAAAAUAGUUGUAACUAUCACUAAAGUUUCAACUUUUUGCCUUUUCUGUUGUGUUUUUUUACGCAAAUAUAUAUACACAUUCAAGUUCGUAUUUUAGUUAAAGAUCUUUAAAAGAGGGUAAGAGAAUGAACUAUGGUUCUCGUGGCUACAUUACAAUGACAAUGUAGGUGUGUGAUAUGCAUGUAAGCUGUUAGAUUGUCUUUCUUUUUACAGAUAUUUACAUAUUUCAAUUUGUGUGUAUAUGUCUGUAUACGUUUGUAACUAGUUAAAAUAUGAAUUUAAGAUUUUUUUUAGGGUGGUGGACUCGAAUCUGUGUUGUAAUAUUUUACUGAGAUGAAAUAUUUGUUAGUUGGUUGGUUAGUUAGAUACACAUUUACAGUGAAACAUUGUCCUAUCCACAUUAUUUGUAUCGAUACAUACAUACAAAAGUUUAUUCAACAAUUCUCAAAAACUUCUACAAUUUUAUGUCUUUCCUUCAAUUUUCAAAAUUAAAACGAAAAUAUUUUUGUGUGUUCAACUAUUUUUGUCUGUAUGUUCAUAUAUGUAUAUUGAUUGAGGAACAAAAACAGUGUGAAAUAUAGAAUGAACAAUCAUAUACACAAAUGCAUGUGAGAGAAUAUGAGACAGGGAGGAUAACUGUAAAUGAAGAAUUUCAUAGGUUUGAAAUUUUCGUUAAAUUUAAAACAAACUUAUUUUUUCACUUCAUUUAACGGUUAAUUUUUAUAUUUCAUUCCCGUGUUAACGUUGAUUGUUUUUGGCGAGAGUGAUUUUAACUUCUGAAUUCUGUGAUACCUAGUUUUACAAUAUUAUUACAUGUACUGUUUAUAUUACCAUGAUUAAACAAAGUAUAUAGUGGACUAUAGUUGCUGAACUCCAUACUAGUUAAUAAUAAUAAUACACUUCAUUAUAAUACACUACUUUUUGAUGACUGCAAUUGAUAAUGAUGAUCUUGGGCUUUAAAUGUUUAUUAAUCCAAACAUUAAAAUUAUCCCUUACAAGUUACACUAGGUAACCUGAAUAAAUCUUAAGACGUCAAUAAAUCUUAAUGAAUAGAAGAAAUCCAUCUUAAUGCAUUGUAUUACUUCUGUAUUAUCAUUAAAUUCACCUGAACAAAUGAUUGAAUCUCAACAAACUACUCGAAAAAAUCCAUCUCCAUCAUCUUCUAUAAAAAACUCUGAAAAACAAAUUAACACAUCAAUCUUUGUACCAUCUGUAUCCUCCUCCUCUUCUUCGACAUCGUCAUGCUCAUCUGUAUCAUCCACUUCACCACAGUCAACUGGAUUAGGACUAAACUUGACAAAGUCAUUUAUGACACAAGUAAGUGAACCUUCAUUAAAUGAAACAUCUAAAAUAAACCCCAUAUUUCAAGAUGGCGAUUCAAAUGGUGCACAAGAUAUCUGUACAGCAAACAAUAAUUCAUAUAUACUACCUGGUUUUCCAUCUUUUUGUCUUGGUAUGUCAAAUGAUUCUUUGAUAAAUCAAAUUACAAAUGGUCAUGCAACAAAUUUAUUGUCUAUACCAACACCAACAUUCUCAUCAAGUGAUCUCUGCAUGAAUAAAUUUUCCGACAAUUUAGUUCGUUCUUGGACUGAAGGUUAUCCAGUUACAAUUUCGUCCUUUAAUACUAAUACUAUGAUUACAAAUAUUGUCAAUUCAACAAUUAAUAGUUCUCGAAAUAAUAACAAUAAUAAUAUAAUAGCUAGUAUAGGUGCUAAUAACACUAUGCUUCUCAGAUCGCAUUCUACCGGUCUAUCUUCAUUUAAUGCUAAUAAUUCUCAUGGCUUAGUUUUACCAUUGUCAUCAUCAUCAUCAUCGUCAGAGAAUUUAUCAGCAUCAGGAACUUUUAAUAAUUAUCACAAUGAUAAAUCAAAGUCUAUUUUAUCAGAUAAUGAGGAACAUUUAUGUAAUAAUCUCUCGGUUUUAAAUUCAUAUACUGAUUCAAAUAAAUCUCGAAAUAAUUAUAAUAAUUCCGUAGCUACUACCGUAAGUAAUAUCACCACAACUAAUAGUAAUAAUAGCUCUUAUAGUACUUCGAGAAAAAACGAUGAAGAUUUUUGUGAUUUAUGCCAAAAACAUUUUUGUAAUAAAUACUAUUUACGUAAACACAAAACAGAUGUUCAUGGUAUUCACACUGAACCAUAUUCGCAUAGUCGUCGUCGUGGAAAUGAAACACAAACUGUGAAUAAUUUAAGUCAAAUAAAAAAUGUCAACCCAUUCCUUACUACUACUAAUAAUAAUAACAUUACGAGCAAUGUAACUGGUUUUAUCAAUAAUGCUUCAUCUGAUAUCGACAUUACUAUUAAGUGUAACAAUAAUAAUUAUAUAUUUCCCAGUGAUAAUUCCAAAAUAAAAGAUCAAGUCAAAGGGAUUGAUUUUACAUCAGAUUUUGAUAAAUCCCAAAUGAACGACAUUCAAUGUGAGUUAAUGAAAACACAAUCUCCAACAAAAUGUGAGUUAAAUAAUAAAUCAUUAUCUAACAUCUAUGAUUAUAUUAAAUGUGGAAGCAAUCCUUUGCUUCCCAGUUAUGUAAGUGAAAUUACAAAUGAAAAACGAUGUGGAAAUGAUGAAAUGACCCAAUGGAACAAAAACUGUUUAGGUACUACUACUAUAAGCACAACAUGCAGUAGAAACAGUGUUAGUAUUAGCUCUGGUUAUGGUAGUAAUGUAAACCAGUCAAUAGAUCUUACUGGGGAUCAAAGUACCUUGAAUGAAGCGAACAGUUCUUGCCAGACAACCACCUUUAAUAUGACUGCUUCAUGUACUCAUAAUAUUAUUGAUAAAAAUGAGUUAAAUAUUGGACAAAAGAGCAUGAUAGAUCCAUCGAUAGUUCAGUCAAAAAACUUAAAUCCUUUACUUUCAGCACAGCACUACUAUAUGAUGGCACUAGCAGCGAAUUUUUCACCAUCUACAGCUGGCUUAUUCAAUCCUUCCGAAGUAAUGGCCAAAUCAAAUCUGAUGUCUCCAUUAAAUCCUCAUCUUGAUAUUCCACUUUUGUCGAUACCGCCUUCCCUCGAUUUAAACCACGUUGCCUUACGUGAAGCUCAAUGUGAUCAAUGUCAAAAAGUGUUUUGUAAUGAAUAUUUCCUCCAGCUGCAUCGUUUUAGUCAUCAGAUUAAUUCAGAUAAAUUGAUAUUAAAAAAUGAGAAAGAGCAGUUUGAUAUUCUGGAAAAUUUUCCAACUGAAAUGGAAGUUACUGAUAGUAUAAAUAAGAAAGACAAUACACAGCACAACACUGAAAAAUUAAGUAUGGAUAUCGAAGAUAAUGACAACGGUGACUGUGAGUCACAAAAAUUUAAUCAAAAUGAAACAAAAAAGGAAGAAAUUGACUCAUCUCUAUUUUUUGUGAACAAGUCAAAUACUAAUGAAGUGAAUAUGAAUUAUCCUGAAAAUUCUGAAUUUCGUCUUGGUACACAUUCAUUAGAUGCUUUUAAAAAUAGUAUGGUUGCAGCAAAAUUAGCUGAUCGUGUUACUUGUGAAUUGUGUAAUAAGGAAUUAUGCAAUAAGUACUUUUUAAGAACACAUAAAAUAAGAGUUCAUGGAAUAUCACCAAAAGAUGUUGGUGGACCACCAAUGAGAAAUCCACCAAUAAUAGAUAAUUCAUCAUUGAAUUAUUCCUUAAAUGAUUUACAAACAAUAAAUUGUGUAACUAAUUCUCAUCAAAAUAAUUCUACACUGAAUUUUGAUGAAAAUUGUAAAAUAGAUGCAACAUUAUCUGAUGAAAUGUUAAAUUCAUUUAAUUCUGCAUAUUCUACACUUGGUUUAGUAAAUCAAUUUCUUCCAUUAGCUUAUUGGCCGUUAUUUACUUCAAAUCAUUUUAUUUCUGAACAAGCUGUAAAUUGUCACUUAGAUAAAUCACUUUUACCUAAUUUCGAUAAUACUGUUCUAUGGAAUAAUUUGAAUAAUUCCCUUACUAAUAAUAUAUACAAUUAUACAAAUAUUACCACUGGUAGUAAUGGUAUUAAAAAUUCAAACCUUACUGAAAUCCCUUCUGCUAUAACAUCGAUUUAUUGUCCACUAUGUGAUUUACCUAUUGGACCACGUUUAUUUUUACCUACACAUUUAAGUAGUGUUCAUAAAUUAUCACCAACUGAUCCAGAUUUCUUUAUGAAUAUGUUACGUGCCAAACCAAUGUCGAAAAUAGAAAAACCGAAUGAUCUUAAAUGUUAUAAUCAUUUAUCUACUACACAAACUAAAUCAAUAAAUGAUGAUUUUCAAGAAGAAAGUACUGUGAACAACAAUAUACAUCAGCCUAAUGUUGACAAUCAUCAUGUUAACGGAUGUACUUCACCAUCUGGUAAAAAUGAAGAUCAAAUAAAUAUAAAUAAUUAUUGUGAUAAUUUAAUUCUCAAAGAAUUACAAUCAUCUAAUCAAAAAUCGGAACCUAAAGUAAUUAAUAGCGAAUCAACAGCAAAUUCUUCUGAUUUAACAAAUACAAAACCAUUGGACAUUGAAUUACAAUCACAACCGAUUAAAUCUUUACCAAAUUCUUUAUCUAACCAACUUUCAUCAAAUGAUAUAGCUCAGUAUAUUUCCACAAAUACUUCAACGAAUUCACUUCCCUAUAUCCCAUUUGAUUUAGUAAAUAAUUUAGAAACACAAAUGAACGAUAGUAAUGCCACAGAAUUAAGCCGAAUUCCAUUAUCGAAUACUCCGUGCAGUAGUGAUGAUUCUAUAAAUCACACAUCAAUAGCAGCUGCAGCCGCUGUUGCUGCUGCCGCAUUUUCUACUUUACCAAUCAACCCAAUUGCAACAAUGACAGCAGUUGGUGCAGUAGGCGAUUCUCUUAGCAAUCGAUCAUGGAACACUGUUACUCAUUUAUCUACAAAUAAAAAUGUAAACAAUCAAUCUACAUUCAAUCAACUGAGCUCAGAGGUUUCACCAACUAGUUCCAUAGGAAACACCUCAAAUUCUGUCAUCCAGUCUGGUAUACCACGAAAAUCGCCUAAUCAAAUGCGCGUAUUGUGUGAUAUUUGUAAUAAAUGGAUCUGUAAUAAAUAUUUUUUAAGAACACACAAAGCGAACAAACAUGGCGUGACAGAUCCGUCUUUAGGAUCCUUAGAAUGUUAUCGAUCUGGCCAUGAAAAGUCAUUUCCUACUAUGAAAUCACAUUUGAAUACAUCUUUUCGACGAAUAAUGAAUCAGUGUAGCAGAGAUACAUCUCAAGAAGAAGACAAAAAUAUUGGCGACUACACUAAUCCAAAUUGUAUACUUAGUUCUCCUUGUGAAUCCCAAGUAUCGUUUAAAAAUUCAAGUAUAACAUCCACUCAAGAACGACGGACCCAAAACUCCGAACAAACAAUAAUUAGUUGUGAUAAUUCAAUAGGAACUCCUUUAACAUCUAGUGAUGUUUCAUUCCCUUUGACAUUCCAAACUACUGUUGCUACAAAUUUACCUUGGCUUGGUUAUGGGUUUCCAUACCAAUCAUCAUCAUUAGUUUCAUAUCCAACAAUUAACUAUCCGAAUAUACUACCAUUCCCAAUGCUUCCGAACUCAGAUAUCUAUCCAUAUUCACAGACAAAUAUAGCUGGAAAAUUAGAGACAACGGAAUCAGUUUUACAUAAAUCUGAUUUACACAAAAGCUCAACAGAUAAAGAAUCUGAAAAUGAAGAGAACAAGAAUCCUUUAAAUUUAAGUUUAAAAAUAACUUUAGAAGAUCCAAAGAAUAUUUGUUGUUGUACAGUAUUGAAUAUAACAACUAAUACUGUUUCUAUUGGUAAUAAUAACAAUUGUAGUAGUGUUACAACCAAUAUUACUAAUAAGUCACAAGAAACAAACAUAACAAAUAGUAAGAUGAAUUGGUUAAAACGGGGACAACUAAUGAAGAAAUAUUUUAAAAAUCAAUACUUUAGUUCAUUUUGCAUCAAUCAUUCACGUCAACGAUUACAUUACAUAUCAAAUCAAUUGUUAUUAUCAUUACAAUUAAAGAGAAAAUCUAUUCAAUAUGUUAGAAGAAAAAUGUAUAUGAAAAGAAAACAGAAUACUGUUAAACAUAUUGAAAAAAUUGAAAGUUUGCCGGUGAGUACUAGUGAAAUACAACGUUACAGAACAAUUUAUCCUUACUAUUCAUUUAACAAAUCUAGAAGACCGGUCAAUUAUCACUGUUAUUCAAAACAUCUACAACAAAGACAACAACGAAAAAAGAAAAUGAUAAGAUCUCAUAACUCACUUUGCGAAUUACAGUCUUGUAAAACGAAUUCACCAGUAAAUUAUGAAAAUUUUCCUACAGAAGCAAUAAAAACCAAAUUGACAUUUUCAAAUAAAAUAUUUUGUCCUUUAUGUUUAAAUGGACAAGCAUUUAUAGAGUUCACUGAAUUCAUGAAACAUUUAAAACAAAAUCACUCAAUUUCUGAAUGUGAAUCAGUUAUGAAUGUAUUUAAAACACAAAUGGAAUUAUACAAUGCACAGAAUUAUGUCUUUCAAACAAGUAAUUUUAUUACUACAAGUGUUUCGGUGAAACCUGAUUCAUCCGACUGUAAUAAUCAUAUACCACCAAUGAACAGUACUGUUACAACUAUGUCAUUAGCGCAGGAAAGUUCAAACCCUUCCAAAAAUAAUCCUCCAUUCAAUACUUCUAACAGUCAUAAUGAUAUUAUGUAUGAAUUUCAAGAAAAUACUAGUCAGACUCGACUGGUGAAUUCAGUAGAUGUUAAUAAAUCCACAGAAAUGAUACCUUCCAUUGUUGUAUGUCAACCUUCAUUGGUAUUAUCACCACCACCCCUAUCAUUGUCAACUCCUUUCUCACCCUUUUCUAAUUCAUCAUCAUUACCAUUAUGUUCUCUGAGUUCUUCUACAAUUACAAACUCUGCAGUCUCUACACCUAGACCUCUUGGAAGGCCAUUAUUUAUGCCAAUUAAUUCUUUCACAAAAACUUUAUCUACAAUCUAA